CCAAGAUGUCUCUGAACGAGCGUCAGAUUUCAGGUUGCUUCUUGUUCUCUGUGAUGCCCUCUCCCAUCUGUCACAACCAUCUCUGCUUACUGCUUGUUUUCCAUCCCUUCUGCCAUUUCUCAGUAACCUGAAGCUUUUGUCACUCCUGAAUUAAUGAUCCAACAUCAUUUCUGAGUUUCCAGUUCUUGCACACUUGUGGAAAACAAGGAAUAAUCCCAUAGGACCUGCCCUAAGUACCACUGCUUGCAUAAGGUUCCUGGGAUCUGGAGAUCCAGUCUUGAGAACAUGAAAUGCCGGUAAUGUGUAAUAAAGCUGUACUGAAACCCCCAUUUUAUUCGACCUUGAAGCUUCACUAACAUGCUGAAGAACAAACAGCCGAUGCCAGUCAACAUUCGAGCCACCAUGCAGCAGCAGCAGCAGCUGGCCAGUGCCAGAAACAGAAGACUGGCCCAGCAGAUGGAGAACAGACCUUCUGUGCAGGCUGCUCUCAAGCUCAAGCAGAAGAGCUUGAAGCAGCGCCUCGGGAAGAGCAACAUCCAGGCACGGCUGGGCCGGCCCGCGGGGGCCCUGGUGCGCGGAGCCAUGGGGGGCAGGGGCCUGCCCAUGGUGCAGAGAGGCCUGCCCCGAGGAGCCAUGCGUGGAGCCCGGGGGGCCAGAGCUCUGCUGAGAGGAGGACUCCCACUCAGAGGUCAGAGCCUGCUGCGUGGAGGACGAGGCUUGUCCCCGAGGAUGGGCCUGAGGAGAGGUGGCCUCCGAGGACGUGGUGGCCCUGGAAGAGGUGGCCUGGGCAGAGGAGCCAUGGGCCGUGGAGGGCUCGGUGGCAGAGGGCGUGGCAUGGCUGGCCGGGGCCGAGGCUUCGGAGGGCGCGGCAGAGGCCGGGGCAGAGGCAGGGGCUCGGCACGGCCUGCCCUGACCAAGGAGCAGCUGGACAACCAGCUGGAUGCCUACAUGUCCAAGACCAAAGGGCACCUGGACGCCGAGCUGGAUGCUUACAUGGCUCAGACAGACCCAGAGAGCAACGACUGAGGCUGGAGGCGCCAGAGACUUGUGGCUGAGCCGAGGGUGUGGCAGCGCUGCCCAGAAGCUACAAACACAGCCCCCAGAGGGACCCGCAGGGACCGGGCACAGCCCUGGCCUACCACACCCGGCCUGUAGUCUGUUGCUCCCGAGUUUUGAUACUCUCUGUCCUAAGAAACCCUUUUUUGGAUUGUUUUUUAUAGCUUUUUUUUGUUGUCCCCCACAUCCUCCCAGGUGACAAAGCCACUGCAGUGACCCUGACCUCUGCCUCCAGCAAAGUGCUCCUUGGUGCUGGGGUCACCCAGCUCUGUGCCUCUCCAGCUCAGGGGGUGUGUUUGGGGGGUCAGCUGUGUCCCCAAGUGUCACCAGUGGGGUUGAGCUCAUGGCCUGGGGUUCUCUGUAACCUAUCCUGAGGCCAAAAGCCUCCCAGCAGCCCGGCCAGGUUUCUGGUGUCACUCUGGCCACCCAACCCACCUUAUUUGCACCAAACCUUCUGUCUCCCACCCAAGCAUCCUCCUCUGCUGGUGGCCAGAGUUCAGGCCAAGCUCUUACAGCUUGCUGGUUGUCUUUUUUUUUUUUCAGUUGUUUGGUUUUUGUUUUGGGUAGUUUUUUUUUUUUUAGUUACUUUCGUUGUUUUUAGAUAAAAGUUUGGCUUCCUUUAGCAUUGCUGGAGCAGAUGGCACCGGUGGUUUGUGUGCUGCAAGAGAAGUGUUUAUUUAAAGCAAGCAGGAACGUGGAGCUAGAGCCAUGGCACCGACAGCCUGCUGAAACUCUCUCCUUUUCACCCAACAUGGGGUCCAGAGCUCAUCGUUUUCUGUCACUGUCACCAAACUCCUGUCCUGUGGGGCAGACCCUGCAGCCCCCUCCUGCUGCCAGGUCAGCUCUGGCCUCCCCCUCCUGGUUUUUUAAGUUCAACCAUUCUGUGACUGUUCCAGUUUCAAUGGAAUCUUGUAUUUCUGGUUUGUUGUAACAAAGGAGAAACAAUGAU